GCUGCUCAGAGAAAAGGGGAACUUCAGCACGGUAGAGAUUGACAGGUCUGGAAUUAGCUCCUGGGAAACACUGAGGGAGAAGAGUGUUGGCCUGGCUCUCCUUGUGUGUCACAUCCUUGUUUUGUGACAGUGAGGAUGACCCGGCCCCUGGAGCAGGCAGUUGCUGCCAUCGUGUGCACCUUCCAGGAGUAUGCUGGGCGCUGUGGGGACAAGUACAAGAUCUGCCAGUCGGAGCUCAAGGAGCUGCUGCAGAAGGAGCUGCCCACCUGGACCCCGAGUGAGUUCCGGGAGUGUGACUACAAUAAAUUCAUGAGUCUUCUGGAUACCAACAAGGACUGCGAGGUGGACUUUGGGGAGUACGUGCGCGCGCUUGCCAGCCUUUGUCUCUACUGCCACGAGUACUUCAAAGACUGCCCCCCUGAGCCCCCUUGUCCCCAGUAGCCUCUGAUCCAGAGGGGCAUGCCUUCCUGGAAGGGCAGGGUCUGCUCUAGUGCUCCGUCUUUGUCCCUGAGGUGGUCCUGGGUGUGUGGUCACACCCUUCCUACCCUCUCUGUGGGACCCUUUUAAUCUGGACUUAACCAGGUCCCUGGUUUGCUAACCCUGGCUACUCAUGAGUACUUUCCUAGGGAUGCCAAAGUAGUGAGGGGUGGAACGGUAGCCAGCCUUUGCUUCUGUUCUUGGGAGGGAGAACAUCUCUGCUCUCACUUUGGAGGCUCAGCCAUGAGCACACAAUUGGGACCACUGUGGCAGGG